AUGGAAUCUCCAAAGAAACUCAAAAUUGCAAGUCUGGGCAGCUCCUUUGCUGCUGGUCCUGACAUUCCCCCACAAAUCGAACCACGUGCCGCAUUGCGAUCAGGGCAGAAUUACCCCCAUCUUCUGGCGCAGCAUUUGAACGCUGAUCUUACUGAUCUAUCCGUUUCUGGUGCAACUUUGCUCAACAUAACAGUCGAUCCACAGUCUACCCCGUUCAACGUGACCUUCCCGCCGCAAAUUUCCAACCUCCCCGAAGAUGCCAAUAUCAUCACCGUGACUGCUGGAGGAAACGACAUAAACUACAUUGGCGGCAUGAUCGCCGAUGCUUGUGAUGCCGAGCUCCAAUCGUCCGUGGCACUAUCACCCAGCGAAUUGGCAGAACGGCUAGGGGGGUCCUCGAUCAGAUACACAAACGGGCCCCGGGAGCUCGAAUCUUCCUUGUUGAAUAUCUUGCUGUUCUGGGACCUGGCACUCAAGCUGGUCGGGAUAUCCCGCUGA